AUGGACCCUGAUGGCCAUAACCAGGGCCACGCUCGGGGCCCUUCUGUCAGUAUCACCACUGCCGAGCACGAGAGCAGUGGUGAUGAAGGCGUCGAGAAGUCGAGAACGUUACCACCCGACUUGCCCACCUCACUAGACGACCGGCGCUCGUUUCCGAGCUAUAACUCGGAGACGGAGAUAUACGAUGGAUGGCAGGAUACGGUUGUACAUUCCCAACUAGGCCAAUCGCAAUUUCUCACCACUCCGAUGCCAACAAAACCGCUCUCCUUUAGUCUAGGUCUCGACGAUCAUAACUCCGAAGAAGAAUUCUACAGCCCUCGUUUCCAGUCUCAGAGCCUGACGGGUGGCUCUCGACUGGGAGAUGGAGCCGAGUCAAAUGAUGCCCGGUUAAUGGAAAUGUUAGCUGCACAGGCGGCACAUCGGGAUGGAGAGAUUGUCGAAGCUGAUGAGGAUGCUAUUGCGUCUGAUGAAAAAUUGUCUGAUCAGGAAAAGAAGGAGAUACUACAACGGACGCUAAAUAUGGCUUCAAGUAAUGGGGACGUUGGCCGGGUUAGAAAGCUGGUCACUGGCAAGGCACUAAAGUACGUGGACGUUAAUGCACCGGAUGAGGAAGGGACUGCACCGUUGAUAUAUGCUAGCUGUUUUGGUCACCAUGAGGUUGUAUCUGCGCUGCUUGAUGCAGGCGCAUUUGUUGACCAGCAAGACCGCAACCAAUGGAGUGCUUUAAUGUGGGCUAUGACGAACCGGCACAAGACCAUUGCAAAAAAUCUACUAGAUCACGGUGCAUCACCCGAUAUUCGAUCGUCUUCCGGCGGGACAGCUUUUGAUUUUGUACAGCCCGGGACAGAUAUUUCGAAAUAUCUCCAUGAAAAUGGCUAUAAUGUCGGAUCUACUGUUGGUGGAGAAGACUUUUAUGAUUCAGGCUUCUCUCACAGUCGAUUUGAGGAGGAAAUGGCUGAAAACGAGAUGAAGCGAAGGAUGAUGAUGGAGGAGAGUGCCAUCAACUUGGAAGUCGACUUAUCAAGCCUGGGACUUGAUGAGAAGCACGACGAUGUAUGGUUUCCUUCGACACUCUCUGGAUCAUCCCUUGAUGAGUUUGAGGAGCAGCCAGAGUUUGUCUGGGAUCGCUGCCUCAAUGAUCAAAUGUUUGUGUUUCAGGAAAAUGAGUUGGAACGAAUAUUGGAUAUUGUUAUAACAAACAUGACACCUCAGCGUUCUCCAUCCCAAAAACCUGUCCCAGCAAAUUUACUUUUUCUUUGCGCACGAUACGCACAUUAUCAUGCCAGCCCUGACCUCCUACAGACGCUCCUCCACUCCGCCACAGAUCGGAUUAAUCGUGUGGUAGAAAAGCAUCAGUGGGACAUGACUAUCCUGGCAUUUUGGAUAUCAAACGCCACUUUAUUAUUACAUUACCUGAAGAAAGAUGCUGGGCUAGUCGAAGCUACGGUGGAGUUCCAGCUUCAUCUUGCAGAGCUGAUUAACGAGAUAUUUAUUCUUAUCAUUCGCGACGCUGAGCGCCGCAUAGAUAAAAUUUUGGACACAGCAAUGCUUGACCACGAGACGAUCCCCGGCUUUGAAGAUGUUCAAUUUCAAAACGAAUGGAAACUAUUCAGAACUAAAUCAAAAGUGAAGCCGGAACCAAUGGAGAAACGAUACCGGCCACCAUCUCCCAAGCGACGGGCUGAAAUUGCACCCCGUAAUGUGACAUCUUUACUAUCAUCGACUCUCUUUGUGCUGGAUCUAUACGAUGUCCACUCAAUCAUUACCACCCAAAUCAUAGCACAACUGUUUUAUUGGCUCGGAUCUGAACUUUUCAACCGGAUAAUGACUACCAAGCUCUACCUUGCCCGCACCAAAGCGAUGCAGAUUCGAAUGAAUGUAUCUGCCCUAGAGGAUUGGGCACGCACAAACAACCGCCAGCCUGAGCAUUAUGAAAACGGCUCUGCAACAUGUACCGGCGAAAAUACAGUUGAAGCCGCUCGUAGACAUCUUCAACCGCUCAUCGAACUACUACAGUGGCUUCAAUGCUUCUCAUCACUUGGUGAAGACAUGGAUUCGUUGAUAGAGACACUAGAGCAACUUCAGCGCCUUACGCCAAACCAGCUUCUCCAUGCAGUAAAGCUCUAUCGCUCCGAGGUGGGAGAGAAGGGACUUUCUAAAAGUGCAAUGAAACUCCUUAUCUCCCUACAAAAGGAUCCAUCUCAAUUACAGCAGAUUCUCGACCAGCAUCGACAGCACUCCAAGCCCGUUAGUAGCCCCAUUUCUAACCAAGGAAAAGAUGAAACAAAGCUAGUUGAAGAACCACAAACCCCCCGGACACCACGAGUAUUAAACCCUCUAUCAUCCCCGGCUGGUUCGACUUCCCCCGCGCCACCCCCAUCGCCACAAAUAACAAUCCCCAAGAAUGCCCCGCUCCUUCUCGACCCUUCACUCACAUUACCCUUCCAACUACCGACCAGUACCGAUAUGCUGGUUAGUUACGGGGCCGGGUUUGGAGGGGUUAACCGCGAGCGUGCACGAAAAUAUAUACCUACUGUACCGACGGAGUUUCUCGUCAAAUUUGAUCGCGAGUAG